AGGUAUUUGUUGGUGGAAAUUUCUUGUAAAGACGGCCAAGUUGAUGAGAGAAUUGAUGGAAGAGUAGUCUUUGACACUGUGAAGAAAGCCGUGAUCUCAGCUCAUGGAGAUUAUGGAAUGGCUUGUGUUUCUCGUUCAUUGCAAGGUGAGAGAGGUUUUACCCAUUUACGGAGAAUGAAUAAAUAGAGAGAAGAAAGCUAAGAAACUGCAAAAUUUUCUCGAGACGCUUUCUCAAAAGGGCAAGGAGUUUGUUAAGCCCAGCUUCUUGCUUGGCCGUAAGGUAUUUCCCAUAAUAGAUCUAUGAUAGGUAUAUUACAGGUUAUCUUUUAAUACAAUCGUGUAUAUUUCUUGUAAAAGAUUAUGCAUUUGGACAUUAGGGCAUAGUUAGUAGAGGAGAUGGUUAGGGUGGAGAACUCUGAGAGAACCAUUCAAAACUUUGUAGAGUACCCACCCCUCCCCCGCCCCCAAAAAUGCAGAACUAGUCAACACUACAGUGCUUGCAAUAGUUCUAAUUUUCUGUAUAAUUUGCUUUGUAUUUUAUUUCAGUAAAGUAUUUAAACUCUGUCACUGGAGUGGCAUUUAUCGCAUGUGCCAGAGAUUACUAUAGGAUGGUUUGGUCAGCAGUCACCUUCAUAAGAACCAUAACAAUAAAAAAUGAUGUUCAUCCAUGUGUGUUCCGCGUUCUUCAUGUUGGAGGUAAUAUGAUGUUAUUUCAUUAAUUCUUUUCUCCUUCUUCACACAAUACUGCAGUUGAAUCAAAUUUUAAGGUCACAAGAACAAAGGAAAUCAUCAACAGCUAAGGAUGCUCUUGAUGGCUAAACAAAUUCUCCUUGUCAGCACCUUAGGAAACAUAGGAGAACAGUAUGGGGAAUAUGCAUACUGAUGCGUAAGGGGUUAAAGUAUGGCAAUGUUUCUGUUGAAAUCCAGCAUACACAGAACACAUCAUGAUCUAGUGUUCAAAGGACUGAAAUUGAAAAUUUUGGAUUAAAUUUCAGAUUUUAGCAAAGAACUUAAAACAGCUUAGAAGUAACCUUCACUGACUGGAUUUCUAUAACUAACACAACUCUAGAAAAUAGUGGAAUCAAAUCUUUGCUCAUCUAUUCAAUUUGACACAUUGUCAUUAAGGUGGCUUUGAGAUUUUGUGGCUCAUUGUUCACAUCCAAAUACAUCACAACAUCAUUAAGCAUAAUCCCCCUACUACUGGCAUUACAUUUCCCAAGAUGUAGUCAAGGAGAAUUUUGGUUGAGAAUCAAGAGCUUCAUUAGAUGGCAAUCACUUUCUUUAGUCUCAUAACCUUUGUGUUUGAAUCCGUGAUGAGACUGUAAGGAGAAUUUAGAUGCUACUAAAGGUUCAGAAAUGGAGACUGGUGAGCAAAAUAAGAUCAGCCCUCUGCUAGAUUUGCAGUUCAUUUAAUGAACUAGUACUGACUUAGCAGAGUGGACCCACUUUGUGGUAUUUUUGAUGGCUCAAGAAGUCAUGCAGGCUUAUAGACUUAUAUAAAAAUAUUUUGACCUAAAGUAAAGGAAUUCAUAAUAAUUUAAAUUUAAUAUCUUCCAUUUUAGGUACAAUUCUCUCCUGUCAAAAGUUCCUAAUACGUCAUAAUAAAGACCAGCUCCUUCAGUUGUUGCAGAAUUGCAAAACACCAGGUUAGUUGUUUUAUUGAACUGAGGCUCCUGCAUAGUUGAUAACAAGAGGUUUCAACAGAUGACACUGUUUAGGUUAGGAGAGGUUUCUUUUCUCUGUUAUUAUUAAUGGUAGCAAUAUAAACAUCAUGAGUAAUAAAUUUAUCAAUUAUUGAAAGAUUUUUUUUUUCUGAAUUCUCUGUCUGAACUCUCUCAUCAAAACAGUAACCAGAAAACAGAUUCAAAUCUCAGGCUGCAGAAUUGCACUUGUAAUAAUACCAUGCAAUAGGAAAAGCCAAUUGGUUGAGACUUAAGUAACAACUAUUAGUAGUUAUGCAGAUUUUGACCAUCCAGGGUUUAUUACAAUGGUAACCAGUGCUGUUGCCUUCACAUCAUUUCACCAAAAACCAGUUCAUUAAUAUCUUAUGUCAUUUUGCCAAAGUCUCAGGUAAUUUGCUAACAUCUCAUGGGUCAUUUCACUACGGUAACCAUAUUUAAAACAUUUAGUGAUUCCAUCAGCAGAACUUGACCAAUUCCAGUCCAUUUUCAGCCAAUCUUACACAUAUGUUUAUAGCAUUUCAUUUAUUGCUAUUUCAAAGGAAACAAGACCAGUGAAAUGACCUAAAACAUUAGGGAAUCAGCCAAUCAAGUGUUAGUGAACUGACCUGAGAAAUUGGUGCAACUACUUCAGACAUUAGCAAUUUGGCCAUUAGUAAAACGAAUCCUAGCCAAAAUGACCAUAAUUCUUUAGAAAAGAUUUUUUUCAUAUCAUUACUAUAGAGGGGAAAGAACUUUUGAGGAAAAAAUUAGUGCUUCAACAAACACAAAUAACUAGUGUUGAAUUUUUCAUUUUUAAGCCAUACUUAAAGUAGUAACCAUUGCAUUUAAAAUUUAUUUCAGUUGAAAGGAAAAAGGUAUUAAAGAUCAUAAAGAAAGCAGAGAAAGAGGAGAUUUCACUAUCUGUUUUUAAAGUGAAAAGGAAAACAACAGAAAAUAGAAGGAAACACUCUAACAUUGCAUGUGACGAUGAAGAGUUUGACUCAGAUUUUUGA